UGCUGCUCAGUGUUUGAGGUCAAGCGAUUUCCUUUUUGGUAUGUCUCACUUGAUGUUCCUCAAACUGAAGUGACAAAUUCGCACAGUUCCCAGCUAAGACAUCUUCGAUCAUGCCAUGCAUGUUUAACAGACGUUUUACGUGAUGGGACAAUCUUAUCAGCUGUGAACAAGUAUGGAGAGACGACCGCGUGAGGAGAUGGUAGAGGGCUUUCGAUCACAGCAGUCGGCAUUAACAGCAACCCUGAAGAACUUCACCAUUCCCAGGAAGAAACGCCCCUCUGGAGAAGUCCUUCUGGAACGUUGCUCAGAGGAGAGCCGCGAUUACGGUCUCAUACAGACCAAACUGAGAGACUCCAACCUGGACUCGAGGAAGGACCGAGCAAACGCAUGGAUCUGGAGAGAUGUUUGUUUAGUGCACAAUGAAGAGCUCUUUAAGAAGUUCUCUGAAAAAAGGGCAGAGAUGCGUGCCAGAGGAAGACACGGGAGAGAAAUGGAGGAAAGUUUCUGUUUUUUAGCGGCAUCGGAUCAAAUGGCAGCCCAGAUUUAUCAGCAUGGCCUGCGGGUUGGCAACACAGUCCAGCAUGCCUUGGGAAAGCCAUCGCAUGGUGUUUAUCUGUUUAAGCAUGUCGACGUGGCAUUAAAGUCAACUACCAGCACAUUAAGUGCAAAAAAAUUGUUAAUUUUCAAGGUUCUUUAUGGCAAGGUGAAAAAAAUUGCUCCAAGCUUGGACUGGAACAAAACACAUGAUCCCACAGUGAGCUUUGACUGUCACAUGUGUAAAGAUGCGGCGUCACAUCGAGACACUCUUCACCAGCAAGUACUCGGUUCCGCUGUUUUUCUAUUUGACUAUAAUGAAAAGCAGGAGCUCAGUGAAAGACCCAGGCAGUGUUUGCCGUAUGCUGUAGUUUCAUUUGUUCCUGCCAGCACUGUCAUUCUGAAUGUUCCUGCAAACCUACAACUUUCUCCUUCAACGCUACCUGUCGGCCAAGUGCAUGAAAAUGCAAUAGAUCGAUUCAAAGCCUGUACUGUGGCAGAGAGAAGACGAAAGGGAAACACAGCCACCAUUACAUUCAAACAUUUUGGCACGCCAGGCUGCUUUGAGACGGAUUAUACACCUCAAAAUCCAGCUCCAUUUCAAAAGACGGAUAUGCAAAACACUCAGUCACUCAAGCCGAAGCAGUGCCAGACUCCUGCCAGCGAGGACAGCAGUUCAAUGCCAGUUACGGGUCACACUGAUCUCUCCCAAAGCUUGCUGGGAAAGAAAGCAUUCGCACGUGGAAGACGUGACAGUAAAUGGGACAAAAGACCUCAAAGUCCACUGGACAAAAUUUCCACCAUAGUGUAUUCUUCACGCUUGGUCAGGGAUCCGCGUCUGUCUAAACAAGAAGCAAAACGACAGACCAACUGCUCAGAGGCCGAGGCAGCGUGGGAUAAUGCAAACGGCCAACGAGCCUGUCAAACCCAAGAGGACAAUUAUGGAUUGGCUGGAAAUAAGUGUGAUUCAAAAGAGCCAUCAAACACUGACCAGAUGGAAAUUCAAAGAGAAAACGGUUGCUCCUUAAAAUCUACAAUGAAUGAUCAAUGUGUGCCCAUCCCAGCAUUGCCCUCAAUGAAGUUAUUCAAAAUGAAAUUCCAUAAAUAUGCUGCAUACUUUAAACUGAAUGAGGAAGAGAGACAUCAAAAAAUCUGGUCACAAGAAAACAUGUCACCAGAACAAAAGCAAGAACUAGCUGACCGUAUACAUUUUUAUGAGGUUUAUUACGAGAAGUAUAAAAAGGGCAUGCUCUUUCAAAAAGUCAUCGAGACAAAGGACACCUCCAGUCAGUCUCAAAGUGAGCCCACAGAAGAUCAAGUUUUACAGACAAAACACACAGACGAACAGAAUCAGUCCAAACAAGCACAACCACAUGGUACUGCAAGUUUGUCAGAUUACAAUGAUUUUGUUAAUGGGGAUAAAUGGACACAUAUUCAUGAAACCAAACAUCCAGAUCGCCCAGAACCCAGCACAGAAAUAAAGGGACAGGAUCACAUGCUACCAGAGAUUCAUCAGGAGCAUCCCAAUGGAUGUCUGAUUCAGUCUCCAGAUAAACUUCCAGAGCAACCCUUGGUGCUGGGGUUACUGAGUCUCAAUGAAAAAGCUGAUAGACCAAGUGUUCAGUUUGACCUCAAGCUCCCGAAUCGCUCUAAUGAAGCUACGGUUAAUCACAGCAAUGAGUGUGAGCUUUCCAGAAGUGCAGGAGAGGACGAGCAGGACGAUGGAUCUGCCCCCGGGCUUCAUUUGAAUGAAAGACCUGGCACUAAAUCAUCUCUUGUGUAUGCAAACAACACCAUGGAUAUUGCAAGCUGUGUCGAAGUCUCUAGCUGCGGGGAAUCAGACAACUGCAAUCUCAAAAGUUGCAGCAGUGUUCAAGAGAUAGAUUCUUUUAGACAGGAAAAAUGCUACAAACUCUCUGAAAUAUCUCCAGAGCUUGAUUUGGAAACAGUACAGCUGGAAACUCUGUACAAAAGACUUCAACUUGAUCAGCUAUUGCCAAGUAAGAAUCAAAAGCAUGUUUUCUGCUCAAGGGCUUAUCUUACACCCAGAGUAAUAGGCAGACCUGCAGACACCAUUUCCAUGGCAAAAAAUGUAAGCAAAGAUCACAACAAAGCUGAAACAAACCUAGAAACAGGAUGCUCGAGAAAUCUCCAUCUCUUAGUUAAGCUAAAGGCCAACGAAACUUCUGCCCAUAAAAGAGAAAUGCUUUCUCUCUCUGAACGAUUUUCAAAAAUCAAAGGCCUUCAAAAGAAGUUGAGUGGAAGAAACAACAAAGUGAUUGAAACCCCAGGAACCCAAAUGUGCAGCAGUGAAGGACACAAAAAAACUGAAACCUAUAAUGCCGAACUAAUACAGCUACUAGCUCAGAGAUUCAGUAAAAGAAAGAGCUUGAGCGGGCCAGGAAUUAAGAAGGCAUGUCUCAGAAAACAGCACACUUUUUUAUCACUAGCUCACUCUCUAAAGAGAAGCAAAUAUCUCAAGAAGACACAUUUUUGGAAUGCAAAGAAGAAUCUUUGCAGAAGAAUUGUGUCAGCUAAGAGUGCCAAUGAAACAGUAAAAAGCAAGGCAGCGUCAGACGUUUCGAACAGUCUGUCACAGUCAUCUGAAAAAGAUCAAGACCCGGACUCUAAUUUAAGAGUAAUAUCCCACACAUCUGAUGCUGACUAUGAACGAAAGUGGUUGCACAUUCAGAGCUGUCAGGAAGCUAAUGCUUUUAGAAGUAUAAUCCAAGAUCAGUGUUGUACAGCCAGCAAAGAUAUGACAUCAUCAAUAGGUUUCAACACUGUUCCUGAGGCCAAAGAGGAAGCAAUACAUCCAACAGAACCAUGUUCAGAAGAUCUAUGUGAAAGCAAUUCAGACUACACUGGGAAGGUAUCAAAAGAUGUAACUUCAAACCUCUCAGUAAUGGUGGAUGGAAGAGAACCAGUUGGGACAACUAUGAACAUCUCAGAUCAUUCCAAAAUAUCCUUGAUGAAAAGCACUAGCAAAGAUUAUGGGAGUGUCACAGAGCGCAAUGAGGAGAAAGUCACAUCAGAGACUGGAUUGGAUCCAUUAAGCAAUGAGGAUUUCACAAUGAAAAUAUCAGUAGAUGACAAUGUAGAUGCUUCUGAGAGCUUGAGUAUUUGUGAUUAUGAGGCAUUAAAAGCCAACAGUGAUAUAACUACAAACAACAGUCAUACAACUGAACAGACAAACAUGGCUCAAGGAGCCAAAGUGAUUCAUAUCGAUAAUACAGCUGAGACAGACACUAUCAACUGUGAGCAAAAUGCUUGUCUUCGAAAUGUACAAGCAAGAGAAGACAUGCCAGUAAAUAUCCCAAAUAUGAACCAAUCAUGUCUCGAAAUUUCUACCAACACAUCUAAUGGCAGCAGUGUUUUGAGUACUGAUCCAGACGCAACAUCAGAUUCAAAGCAGUGUAGUCUAGAGACUUUGAAAUGUGCAUCAAACAAUGUUGUAGAUCUUACUGUUGAUGUGUUGAAUGGCAAAUGUGAGUUUUCGUCAGAGAAUAUAAAGAGCAACAAAAUCAAUUCGCUUGGUUCAACCAAAUCACCAAAUGCUAACAUAAUAAUAGACAGAUGUGAGUUAUCAAGGCCAGAGCAAAACAAAAAAGAUGAUGCAAACUCACCAGAAACCCAGCUUAUUUCUAAACUAAGAGAUUAUUUGACCAAAUUUGAGUCCACUGUCAAGAAACAAGAAGCAGUGAAUGAAGAUCUGAAGGACAGGCCAGUGGUGUGGAUAACACUUGACAGCGCGGCACAUAAACAGCAGUUGUUUGAACAAGGCCAGUGCUGUGUGGUGAAUCUUCCCUGCCUGAUGCCUCCCGUGUGCGACGCUGUUAUGCAAGACUACCCCAGUGAAUGCACUGAAACCCCUGUUCAAACCAGGAGGGCCCCUCGAGGGGAACAUGCUCAAACUGGAGCUGAUGUUUGCCUGCUAGUGCCUGUUGGGUCUAAGAGAGGCAGACGAUCUUCUCAUACUAAACGCACUAGAAGAUCACGAAGGAGCUCAGUUAUUAGUGUCAGUCCUGACAGUACCAGUGCAAUAGACACCGUCAAAGAUAAUUCGAUUCCACUGGUCCAAGUGAACGACCUGAACACUGGUUCCCCAGAAAUCUCCAUCAAUAGCACCCCCGAUGCCCAGUUCCAGACGCAAAGAGCGAGCACAACUGGCCGACAAAAUCCCUCCGAGAAUUUGGAUAGUUUAUGUGAACGAAAGAGUCAGGGGAAUCUGCCUUUGACCACGAUAGAAAUCAUUGACGAUGGCGAUGUAAGCAGUACAUUCGCUGACAGUGAAUACAGCAUCAGUGACAUUUCAAACACUCUUAAAUUGGCUGACAAGACAACCUCGUUAACCGAACUUGGAUCUUUGCAGACUAAAUGUAAAAACAUGUUGCAGUAUUUCAUCUCUAAUUUUGAACGAGAUCAGAAAGUGCCCUUCGACCAGUCUUUCGUUUCAAGAUGCCUCAUCUUAGAGCAAUAUUUGGACCAUCCGCCUGCACAAGUAGACCUGAAGUAUGAAGCAGUGAACUCAUACUUGGAGUUGCAGAUGAUGAUGGAAGCUUGGCAGUUUGUAGAAAACAAAAUGAACUUCCUGCGAGGUAAACCUACAUUUAGGAGUUUGCUUUGGUACGAUCCCUCUCUUUACGGAGAACUCUACAAGGGGGAGGUUGGCUUUCAGCAGCAGUCGUCGUUGUUCGUUUCUUUCCAAAAUAUCCUGGCACAAGAGGGCUACAGGAAACUGCAGGAAUACUACAGUGCCGUGUCCUUGUUGCACCAACAGCUCCAUGCGGCGCCUGAUGCCUCUUACUACAUGUAUCUGAAGAGCAAGCGCGAGCUCCUCGAGGCUGAGGCCGCUCUCAGGAAUCCACACGAUAUUAAAAGCUUCUUUUUAUCUGUACCAAUAGCUGCGAUGAUCAACUUCGGCGACAGUUUGGAAAGACUGGAAAAGGUCCACAAAGUCAUAAUGACUUUUGUGGAAACACCAUCAGAUCAGUUGCCUGGGACAUUUGAUGUGGGCAAAGCAGAGCAUCUGUCCAUCACAUGCAGAUAUCUCCAAGAAAAAGCUCUUUUCAUGAAAUCAUGCAAGGAAGUGAUUAGCAAAAUAUCAUGGUUUGGGAUUGAACACCUUCUUUAUGACGCCUCUAAGGUUCUCGUGUGGCAAGACAUGGGUCAUGGUGCACCGAGUGAGGUUCUCAAGACAUAUAAGAAUUCAAACCCGCAGAUUAUUUUUGGGGUGACGGAGUCAGGUGUUACUCUCGUGAACAAAGUGGACCAGCCUCCUAUAGCCAUGGAUGGGGCUGAGACGAGACAUAAGAGUGAUGCUGCACGGAAACGCAAAAGUUUACAGUUAUGGAUGUCCUCUCAAUCCAGUGAUGCACAGAUUCUAAAUGUUGACAAGGAGGUGACUUACAACAUGGCCAAAAGGAGGGCAACUCAUCCACACAUCACACAAUGUAACAUGCAAAAUAAAGGUGGGAACCCCCCUUUCCAAACAACUCCUACAACCCACGUUGGGAUCCCGAGGCCUUACUACACUCUUCCUCACAGGGUGGACCCGGGCCACUGGGGAAAGGUUGGAAGCACGGUUGCGGACUGGACUAUGUCUGCACCUUCCACGUCUCAUGCACACUCAGACAUAAAUCCUCAUCUUCUGUCGAAAAGACGAGUGACUUUAUCACACUCUGAUGAGAGGAGAUCUUUAGCAGACGUACAAAGAGCGCAAUGGCCUAUAGUCUCGACUCCCCAAGCAACUUGUGUCCGACCAAGAGAUUCUUGUGUCACACGUCCAGUGUUUAAUAGUGCUAAAUAUCUACAAAAUAACACUGAAGCACAUCGUCCUGUGCUCACACAAGAGCAAGUGAACCAGUUCAGUUUAGCCAUGACACAACCUUAUAAUUUAGCCAACUGUCCUCUGAAUGUGAACGUGGUUCCUCCUCCUGCUCCUCACUCUUUGACACAUGUGCCCAGCAGGAUUACAGCCAUUCAUUACCCAUACUUCCUUCUGAACGGACAAACAUACACCACAGGCUCCACUGCAGCCGUUCACCCUGAGACUAGAUAUUAUCCCAACACCAUGGGCUGAUGAACUACAAGAUACCAGAGAAUCACGUGCAUAUGCAUUUUUGUUGUAGUUACAAUUUUAUUUACAGGGAAAUUACAUGAAAAAGAAGUGGUUUUACAUCAUACAACUAAAAAUUCUAUUGAUGCAUAAUGUGCACUUGGUACUUUUAAGCAAAUGUACUUUAAUGUGACUUUAUAUAAUAUAACAUAGAUGUUCAGGUAAAACCAUCCUUGUUGGCUACUGUAUAUAACAGUG